AUGGCAACUAGACUUACAAGUAGGUUACUAAAUAUCAGAGACUUUAAAUCAAUUCUUAAGGCUGGUCCACGAGAUUUCCUAAGAGGCCCAACAAAUGCUAAAAACGCGAUUGAAAGGAUAAGGAAUAAGAAAAUAAAACAAGAAAGACUUUUAGCUAAACAACAAGCAAAGGACGUUAAAACUAGAAAUAUAGUGCUUAGCAAUUUAACACGAGGAAAAGCUGCUGGUGAUCAUGAGAAAAUAAAAUCGACUCAAAAAUCAAAGGACAAACCACUUUCAAAAUAUUUAGAGUUUUUAAUAAAAAAAAAUGCUUCUGAAGAAUAUCCGCCCAUCACUCCUCGUUUAAUAGAAAACCCUCAAACCUACUUUGAUCAUGUAAAUAAUCAAAAUGGUUUACAUCAUGGGUCCAAACUAAGUAGACGAGCAUUUUUAUUAAACAUGAUAAAUAAACGAAAUCGUCCUCCUGCAUUAAAUAAUGGGUCACAUUCGUCUAGUCAGAAAGAGGUUAAGAGAAUGAAAUCUAUAGAUUUAGAAAAGCUUUGGGAAAAUGAAAAUGCAUUUCCGAAAGAUUAUGAUCCAGAUUGGAGAGAUCGUGAAAAUCUUCCGAAUUGGUUGAAACAUAAAUAUGCAAUUCAAGAGAGAACAAUGUUUCAUAAAUGGUGUCCGAAAAAAAGAGUUUCUAGGGAAAUUAUGGACAAGAUUCGAUUGUUGUAUCAUCAGUCUCCGGAAGAAAACACUCCAAAAAAAUUAUCUCAACAAUUUAAAAUUUCACCUGAAUCAAUUCGUCGUAUCCUUCAUUCAAAAUUCGUUCCCACAGCUGAAAUAAUGACACGACAAAAUCAAAAAAUAUUAGAAAACUUUUUAAAAUUUAAAGCUGAAACGAAGGCUAAAUGGAAAGAAGAAAAGAAAUUGAUGAAGCUGAAAAAGAAAAAACGGUCAAAAGAUAUUUUUCUCACAAUUGAAAAACCUAAGCAAAAAAGAGAUAGGUUUUUAAAGGUGUUGAAAGCUGUUCAUAAAAGGUAG